AUGCACGAAGGGCCAAUCUGGCUCUACCACCUGGCACCUGCCGCCAUGCGGGAGCGUCUGCAGCCAAUCGGAUCGUGCCAGAUGGCGCACCCGACGACCUUGGCGGAAGGGGUAACACAGAAAGGGCGGGUCGCAGCGCGGAGAAUAGGAGAAGCGCGCGAAGAAGAAGUGGUGGAGGGGCGGCGGGAAGCGCGAGGUUCGGCGCGGCAAAUACUGGAAUCGCGGACACCCCAAGGGACGACGCGAGCGGCAGCGCAAUUAGCGGCUCCGCGGGGAGCGCCGCGAGUGGCCUAUGCGUCGGUUCUGCACACGACGGAGGACUACGUUUGCGGCGCGAUCGUACUGGCUAGGAGCCUGAAGAAGAGCGGGACGAAGGCGGACCUGGUGCUGCUGGUGUCGCGGGAAAUCAGCCGCAAGAGCCGCAGGGGGCUGAAGAAGGCGGGGUGGCGGCUCAAGGAAAUCGAGCGGAUCCGCAACCCGCACGCUGUACCCCAGACGUACAACGAGUGGAACUACAGCAAGCUGCGUCUGUGGCAACUCGAGGAGUACGACAAGGUCAUCUUCGUUGAUUCCGACAUCCUCGUUUUAAAGAACCUCGAUUUCCUCUUCAGCUACCCCGAGCUCUCAGCCCGCGGCAACGCACGCCACCUCUUCAAUUCCGGAGUAAUGGUUCUAGAACCCUCCAACUGCACCUUUAAUCUCUUCAUGGCCCUCGUCACCACCCUCACCUCCUGCAACGGCGGCGACCAAGGCUUCCUGAACAAUGUUUUCGCGUGGUGGCACCGGCUGCCCGAGUCGGUCAGCAUGCUGAAAUAUUCCUGGAACGGGGACGACGGCGCGGGUGGGACGGCGCAGCGGGCGGCGAAGCGGGCGGCGCAGCAGGCGGCUCAGCGGGCGAUGCUGGAUUUAGUGUUUUCAGCUGACCCACCGCGGGUGCAUGCGAUUCACUACCUGGGGCGGAAGCCGUGGCAGUGCUACCGCGACUUUGACUGCACGUGGCUGUACCCGUGGGACCACCAGUACCCGGUGCGGGUGCAUGCGAUUCACUACCUGGGGCGGAAGCCGUGGCAGUGCUACCGCGACUUUGACUGCACGUGGCUGUACCCGUGGGACCACCAGUACGUGAGCAACGCUGCCCGUGCCCGCUGGUGGGCACAGCACGACCUCAUGCGCCCCUCCCUGCAAGAAUAA